CAAAUCCAAUCCAUAUCCUGACCAACACCAGCAUUUAGUGGAUGAAUACUUUUUUCUAUCACAACAAUGGCAUUCCAUAGGCACCCACCACACCCUUUUGCACCGCCGCCGUCGCCUCCACAAGACCCUUUUGCACCGCCACCGCCCCCACGGAAUCCUUUUGCACCACCACCACAGGUGUAUGGUGCACCGCCACCACCUCCGCCGCCUCGUCCUGACUACUAUGCGCCACCUCCUCCACCACCACAUCACCAUCAUCCACCAGCGGGUCCACCACCACCACCGCCUCCUCAUGCUUUUUCACCACCUCCCGGUCCUCCUGGACCCCCUCCACCACCAUAUUUUGAUUCAUAUAGACCACCUCCGCCUUGGAAUGGCCAUCCACCACCAUACUAGUGUACUUAAAGAUGUUACAAGUAAUUGCCUUUGGAGUUUAUAUACCAGCACUACAGCCCACAAGGAAAGCUGCCAGUGGAGGAAAAUGAGGAACUUUGUUGUCUCUCUUUGAAGCAAUUGGAGGUUAUGUAGCUUUUCCUUCCCUAUUCCCCCUGCUCUGUGUGUGAUUUCUCUUGUUUGUAGAAGUGUCAUAAAUUUUUAUAUGAGACUAUUGCUUGUUGCAUAAAAUUAAAAUUUUCUUCCCAUUUAAAA